AUGUGUGAAACCCCAGAGGCAGAAAACUUGGAGGAGACCAAUGACGUAAAUCAAGAUCAGUUUCAGGUUGUUGGUCCAGAUGGUCCUCUUGUUAUUGAAGCUGGUGAAGAUCUGAUUCUGCCCUGUUCUCUCAAACCCAACAUCAGUGCUGUGGACAUGACAGUGGAGUGGUUUAGACUCCAUGCAUCAGACUCACGGGUGCAUUUAUACGAAGAUGGUGUUGACAAAAACAACAAGCAGGUUGUGUCUUACAGAGGGAGGACAUCACUGUUUAAAGAGGAACUGCAGAAAGGCAACACUUCAUUAAAACUCUCCAGAGUAAAAGUUUCUGAUGAAGGAGAAUACAAAUGUUAUGUUCUGUCAAAAGACUGGUCUGAUGAUGUUACUGUUCAAGUCAAAGUUGAAGCUAUAGGCACCUACCCAGUGAUCUCAGUGGAGGGCUACAGUAAUGAUGGGGGAUUCAGUCUACUGUGUGAAAUUAAAGGCUGGAAGCCUGAACCUGAAGUUGUUUGGCUGGACAAUGAUGGAAACCCUCUCCCUGCUGAAGAUACAGAGACACUCAGAGACACAGAAAGAUUCCAUGUUAAAAAACGUGUCACUGUACAGGACAGUAACACCAACAGGUUCUACUGCAGAGCAAUACUGACAGAUCAUAUGAGGGAGACAGAGAUUGUUAUAUCAAUGUCUACGACGCAUGAAGUGGAUGUGACUCUGGAUCCCGAUACAGCUCAUCCUGAACUCAUCCUGUCUGAUGACGGGAAACAAGUGACACAUGGAGACACACGACAGGAUCUCCCUGACAACCCAGAGAGAUUUGAUCAUUGGUUCAGUGUCCUGGGAAAGGAGGGGUUCUCCUCAGGGAGAUCUUACUAUGAGGUGCAGGUCAGUGGGAAGACUGACUGGACAGUAGGAGUAGCCAAAGAGUCAGUUAAGAGAAAGGGGGAUGGUCCACUGAACUCUGAGACUGGAAUCUGGUCUGUGAGUCUGUGGAACGGGAAUGAAUAUAAGGCUCGUACUGAUCCUCCUGUCCCCCUCUCUCUGAGACAGAAACCCCAGAAGGUGGGGGUGUUUGUGGAUUAUGAGAAGGGUCUGGUCUCCUUUUAUAACGUGGAGGCUGGAUCUCAUAUCUACUCUUUCACUGGUCUGUCUUUCACUGAGAAAAUCUACCCAUACUUCAACCCUUACUUUCAUAAUAAAAAUAUAAACUCAGCUCCACUGAUCAUCACUUCAGUCAGAGGCUUCACGCCCAUUCAAGCUGGGGGAGCAUCCAUGGGAACCUAUCCGGUGAUCUCUAUGGAGGGCUACAGUAUUGGUAAAGGGACUGUGAGCUUCUCUAACCCUUCAGCCAUGGGCUGCCCCCUGCCCCCUAGACCAUUCUUCAAAUUAAAGAUUGGCCUUCAUGAGACAAAGGUGGGGGUGUAUGUGGAUUAUGAGGAGGGUGUGGUCUCCUUUUAUAAUGUGGAGGCCAAAUCUCAUAUCUACUCUUUCACUGAUCAGUCCUUCAGUACACAGAAACUCUAUCCAUACUUCAACCCAUAUUUCUUCCAUGUGGGAGGUGAAAACAGAGAACCACUGAUCAUCACACCUGUCAGUGUCGAUGACUGA